UAGCUAAUCUUCGUCUUAGUAUUCAGAAAUCAAGUGGGGAAAAUGUCCGCGGGACAGGAGCAUCCUUGUGAAGUGAAAGAGGAGCCCCCACGUCACCGACACUCGACUGUUGGCAAACUAAUGCAUGCUGAAGUUGUUCUUCACAGACUGGAAGGUUUUAGAGGAUAUCUUGGUGCUGAGCCCGAAUCUGCUGCUGUUAAAGAGGAUGUUGAACUCCCCCAAAUCAAAGAGGAGGAGAAGCCAGAGCCCUGUCAACAGAAGAAACUUCCAAUCAAAAAGGAGGAGGAAGAGCUGCCAUGCGUUAAAGUGGAGGAAGAGGAGGAGCAUAUCGCCAAGUCGACUUGUGAGCCCUUGAAAAGUGAAGAUGAUCCGAGUGAGGCUGGCAGAGGGGCGGAGCCUCCAAGCGGCUGCAACAGCAGCUCAACAGAAGGAUUUCAGGCAGACAUUUUCAUCGCUCCAUCAAACAGAAGCGGCACCACAUCACGCUCACCUUACAAUGAUGAUGGUCAUACGAAAUCUCACAUGACAAACAAACUCUUCAAAUGCUCUCGGUGUGGGAAAACCUUUGCUACCAAGCAAACUUGUCAUGUCCAUAUGAGGACGCACACUGGCGAAAAACCUUUUUCCUGCUCAGUUUGCGAUCAAAGAUUCACUCUAAAGCACCACUUACAAAUUCACGAAAGAACCCACACUGGCGAAAAACCUUUUUCCUGCUCAGUUUGUGAUCAAAGAUUCAGUCACAAGAGCAACUUAAAAAUACACACAAGAACCCACACUGGCGAAAAACCUUUUUCCUGCUCAGUCUGUGAUCAAAGAUUCGCUCUAAAGCAACACUUACAAAGUCACGAAAGAACCCACACUGGCGAAAAACCUUUUUCCUGCUCAGUUUGUGAUCAAAGAUUCAGUGACAAGAGCAACUUAAAAAAACACACAAGAACCCACACUGGCGAAAAACCUUUUUCCUGCUCAGUCUGUGAUCAAAGAUUCGCUCAAAAGCAACACUUACAAAGUCACGAAAGAACCCAUACUGGCGAAAAACUUUUUUCCUGCUCAGUUUGUGGUCGAGGAUUCUCUCAAAAGCAACACUUACAAAGUCACAAAAGAACCCACACUGGUGAAAAACCUUUUUCCUGCUCAGUUUGUGAUAAAAGAUUCGCUCAAAAGCAACAAUUACAAAGUCACGAAAGAACCCACACUGGCGAAAAACCUUUUUCCUGCUCAGUUUGUGAUCAAAGAUUCUCUCAAAAGCAACACUUACAAAAUCACGAAAGAACCCACACUGGCGAAAAACCUUUUUCCUGCUCAGUUUGUGGUCAAAGGUAUGCUCGGAGGGAUCGGAUGAAGAGACACGUGUGCCUUGCUGUGAGAAGCAGUGGCCAAUGACUGUUUUGCCUGUCAACCAUGCUGGCUUCAUCAGAUUUUGCACGCAGGUUAGGGUUGGAGGUUACGUUCGUAUUCGUGGUACACUUUAUUUUUGAGAUUGCAUUUUUGUUUGGACUUAUUCAUUUUGUGUUUUACCUUUUCUGGCCAUCAACGUCUUUCCCUUGGUUUUCUUGCCAACUGGCAUUAUUUAUAUCAUAAUCUCCCUUUCAAACUACACUUUUCACAUUCAAUAUUUGAAACCGCAGACCCCAAAUUCCAAAAAUUCAAAAUCAUUCAUAAAUAUUGUCAUUAAAUAAAUAUGAAAAGUUAGAAUUUAUUGUUCAAUAUUGCAAAAAAUAAUUUUAAAAAAGU